AUGUCCCAUAACCCUAACCCUAAGGGACUCGUCAGCCGCCCCUUCUUUCCACAGGUGUCGUCUGCAGUAACAACAGUAACACAUGUAAAACAAUAUACAAAGGUCACAUGGCUUCAACCCAACUAUCCAGGGUUUGUUCGUUUACAUCACAGAGAAAUAACACCUCAACCUAACCAUCCAGGGUUUGUUGGUACGUGGCCUCAACCCAACUAUCUAGGUUUGUUGGCUUGUGGCCUGAACCUCACUAUACCGGGGUUUCAGGUACUGAUUCAAGCUGUAGAACAAUUGAUUGAAAACCAACCUCCUGAACAGAGGACAUCUCUUCGGUUGUUAUGGCUAUAUGUCAUCAUGUUGACUGCAAGAAUAGUCAAACUUGCCUUAUGGUUGUACAGCAGAAGUUCUAGAAAUGAAAUCGUUAGUGCAUAUGCAAAGGAUCAUUACUUUGAUGUGGUUAAGACUUGGAUUUUCUUUAUUUCAUUUUUACUAUAUUCAUUUUGGCUUUGUAUAGUAGUGAAGUUUAUGUAGAAAAAGUGUCAUAAUAGCUACACUUUUAUUAAAUAUAUUUACAAAUCUUCAGGAGAUAUAGCAUUUGGAGAGAUCCCACGUUUGUGAAAGUAUAUUCUUUUGUCAAUAAAUUAC